AUGUCAGUGCCACUUUUUAUGGAGCCUACAGCAUUUUCAUUUUCAGGAUUGCCCAAGGAAUAUUCUUUAGAUGCUUUGAAAUCACUAUUUGCAUCACAAGGUGAUAUUAGAACAAUGAUUAUUUCGGCUUCACAUGAAAAUGGUUACGUUAUUUAUCAGACAGAAGCACAACUUCAGCGCGCAUUUAAUGAAUUGAAUAGAAUGGAGUUUCCUCCAGGAUCAGGGUACUGUUUAAACAUGAUUAAAUGUUCAAUUGAAGAAAUUAAUUUUUACAUUAGACUUUCGGAUUCUUCCUAUUCCAGAAUAGAUCUUAAUGAACCACAAACUAGUUCCGAUCUUUAUAAUGUUACAAGAACCGAACCACCUGUUUUUUGGCGUGAAAAACUUUAA